GUCACGGGGAUACAGGCACCGCCGGGCACCGCGCGCUCCCUCUCCCCGGGCUGGUGCGCUGCAGCCCCGCACUGCGAGCGGCCGGGGGGAGCCAUGCAACGCGCCGGGAUGGCGGGGCGCGGCCCCCUGCCCCUGCUCUGCCUCUGCCUGGCGCUGGGCUCCGCCGCCGGCUCCCAGGCUCCCUUCGCCCCGCCGCUGGGGGACAUCGGCGCCUGCCAGCAGCGCUGCGGCGCAGCCCGGGAUGCCGUGCUCAACGCCUGUUACCGAGGAUGCCGGCUGUUCUCCAUCUGUCACUUUGUGGAUGCGAGCGCCGAGCUGAACACAACCAGAGCCGAAUGUGAAUCAGCUUGUAUCGAAGCCUAUGGCAGCGCCGAGGAGCAGUUCGGCUGCACGACUGGAUGCAGGAAGCAGCUGCCCGAAUCGCAGAGCCGGAAAGACAAGAGUCUGGAGCUGCAGCCCGUGUCCUUCUCCAUGUUUGACUUGGUCUCCAGCUUUUGCAACGACAUCGUCAGCUCUGCCCAGAGCUUCAUCUCCUCCACCUGGACCUUCUACCUGCAGGCAGACGAUGGCAAAGUGGUGGUGUUCCAGUCCCAGCCGGAGAUCGAGUACCCGGUGCCCGAGGCGCCAGCGCCCAAGUCGGAGCUGAUGGAGAAGUCCUGGCCUGUCUCCAGUCCUAACACCCUGAAGCCCCACACAGGCCCCCAGGAAAAGCUGGAGAAACCCCCCAUGAAAGAGCCAAAGAGCAAAGCCAAGCUCCAGCACCUGGAGACCCAACAACCAGAGCACGACUUCCUGGGCUGCAUGUCCAAGCGGGGGGUGGUGGGGUGCUACAGGCGCUCAGGCCUUCCUCGCUGGAUCCUGGCUGCCUGCCUCUUCCUCUCCAUCAUGGUGAUGUUGUGGCUCAGCUGUGCCAGCCUAGUGACCGCCCCGGACCAGCACAUCAAGACCCAGCCGCUGAGCAUUAAUGGCGAUAAGGAGUACCUGGAGGACCUGGAUGGCUCGGCCCCCUUUUCUCUGCACCCUGUGAUCGCUGUCACCAUCUGCCCAGCGGACGACAACGAGGAGGCGGGGCCGCUGCCGGUCAAGGUGGAUCUGGACAAAACCGUGAUCUAGAGCCCCUCCCCCGCCCCCCGCCAGCCUGUCAUCUCCAUGCCUUAUUUCCUGUGAACAUUUUAAUGCAACCUCCCCCUUUGUUUUGAUCUGCCUUCCCGCUUUCUGCUGUUUUAAACCCCCGCACCGCACUGUGUCUGAAGAUAACCAUCCUGGGCCAUGAGGGAGCCAUCAGCGUCCGGCCCCACCUCCAUCUAUUGUCCUCGUGCGCGGGAGGGGGAAUUGUUUUCCUCCCCCUGUUCACAAUCUCAGCCCCAGCCGGGAGCGGUACUGAGGGGGUUUCUUGCCUUGUGUCUCCGGUGCUCUGGGGGGGGAGCUUUAGUGAGAACAACACGGUCUGUGACCUUGGUUGGCUGGAGUCAGAUGACUGGUGGGAGCACGGGGAGGGCAGGGAGAGAGUGCGCCCUGCCGUGGGGGCGGGGAGGGAGCGUGGGAGUUGGCGUGGCAGCGCCUGUCUGGAACAGGAGCUGCGUGUGGUGGGGGACCCCUUGGGGUUCACGGCAGAGCCCUCACCUGGCAAGCCUCAGGGCUGCUGGUUUUGCAGGAAGCGGAUGGGGGCUCCAUGGGGAGAGGAUGUGGCAGUGGGGUGGCUCCAGCUCUCGGUUCAUUUUCCCUGGAGGCCGCGCGUUGGAUGCGGAGGGGCGGGGGGGCCCGAGAGGAGAUUCUGGCCCCGGGCAGGCAGUGAAUAGAUUCAGUCUCAGUAACUGCAGCAAGGCGCGUACGCUCGGGCAGACCCUGGAUGCGACGCGUGUUAUGCAGACAAAACUAUACAGGAUCAUUUCAGGGGGCAAGGCAAAGAUGCCACAUUUAUUAUUACAAUUUGAUCUACAACCACUAGCUAAUACCUUAAUAUAUAUAUAUAUAUACACACACACACACACACACACUACCAGUCCUGAACAUAGCGUGAGUCUGUGGCUUGAUUUUGUCGCUUGGAUUCGUCGCUUGUGGCGGUAACUGGCCAGGAAAGCCAGGCACAAGGAAGGCCUGGGUCUGCCCUCCCAUGUUGGCAGCAGAAUGUUACCCUCCAAAGUUUUCCAUGUCACCCAGCCUUUUUGUAGGCUUUAGUUUGAAU